GGGGUGUGGAGCAACCUGAAUGUCUUGUGAAGUUGACUCCGCCUCUCUGUGCGGCUGCGCAGUACAAUACUUUACUCCUACUCGGGCUUCCGGACGCCAAGACAGACCUCUACCGCCGAAUUUAAAGAGACAGUCAAUAGUUAUUUAAAAUAAGACAAUCUGCAACCAUUGUCUCUAAGGUUGUUUUCGGAGCCUUCGUUUUUCGGGGCUCGAUAUCGGCUAUUAUUUCUUCGCGAUAAUGACGUUCCAUCAAAGUCGCAUCGAGUAGUAGCGUGAUUGACAUUAACCUCCAUUCUGGUGGAUUUUCCGUCUUUACGUUGUGCGGAGACUGUCCAGCUAAGCAAGUAGCGUUAAACGUUGCUUGCAGGCUGGCUCCCCGGCCAAAGGGGAGAUUUGUCGGCUAGCCAACAACUGGAGAUAGACCAAAGCUUCCUUCUUGUCAAGUUGUGGUAACAGUUAGUGGCUUUAAGCCUCCUGUCGCCGGGAUAAUGGCGAAGAUACAGGCACAUAGCAACACGAAGCAAAUAAACCAAAUUCAAGACAAGCCUUACGUUGUGACACAAAAGCAAGUGCAACAACAACACUUCCAAAAACUGAAGGUUGAAGAUGCCUUGUCAUAUUUGGACCAAGUCAAAAUACGAUUUGGAAAUGACCCUGGAAUAUACAACAAGUUUCUCGACAUCAUGAAGGAGUUCAAAUCACAGAGCAUCGAUACACCGGGGGUGAUAAAUCGUGUGUCACAGCUCUUCCAUGGGCACCCAGACCUGGUCUUGGGCUUCAAUGCCUUCCUACCACCUGGGUAUCGGAUAGAGAUCCCCAAGAACGGCAUGGUUUUCCUGCAGUCUCCCUUCUCGACCCAGGCUACCCAGCAUGGAAAGGCCAUCUCCAGUCCCACGUCCGCCACCCCAUCUGGCAGUACCUCGGCAGCCCACACCGAGGCAGGCUCUACCCAGGGCACGGACGCCACGGUGGCCCCAUCGGACACCCUGUCCCCCUCGACCGCCGCCGCCGCCGCCGCCGCCGCCACCAACACCUCCUCCUCCUCCUCCUCCACCGCCGCCGCCGCCGCCGCCGCCACCACUCCAGACACCCCCAGCCGACUCUCCCUCCCGCUGGCUGGCAGAGACGGCCAGAGCCAAGCGUCCGCCACCUCGGCGUCGCCCCCUGCCUCAGAAGCUAGCCCCGUCGAGUUUGACAGCGCCAUUAGCUACGUCAACAAGAUCAAGAACCGCUUCCUGGACCACCCGGAGAUCUACCGGUCCUUCCUGGAGAUCCUGCAUACAUACCAGAAGGAGCAGCUGGAGGUGAAGGAGGGGCGGGGUAACCGGGUCACCAGCGGGAUGACGGAGGAUGAAGUGUUCUCCAAGGUGGCCAGCCUCUUCAAGGGCCAGGAGGAUCUGCUGGCCGAGUUCGGACAGUUCUUACCCGACGCCAAGAGAUCUCUGUUUACAGGAAGCUCCCUAACCGGGGGGAAGGAGCCUCUGAAGAGGCCAGAUGAAGACGACAUGAUGAGCAAACAGAGCAAAAAGAGGCCGAGGCCCAUGCUGCUGACGCACAUGACCCCGCUGCUCAAGAAAAAGAUGAAGUAUUCAUGUACCAAAGAUCAGUCCUUUGCCUCGGUUGGAAAACAUGGAGUCUUGCGCGAGUUCACUUUCUUUGAUAAGGUUCGCCGCCUGUUCAAGAGCCAGGAAGUGUACGAGAACUUCCUGCGCUGCAUCGCCUUGUUCAACCAGGAAGUGGUCUCGGGAGCCGAGCUGCUGCAACUGGUCACUCCGUUCUUGGGGAAGUUUCCGGAACUCUACAGCCAGUUCAAGUCCUUCCUCGGGGACAAAGAGCUCGCUCACGGCCCAUCAGGCCUGUCCGAUCGCUACAUGGAAGGGGGAGGGGGCCGCGAGGUGGACUACGCCUCCUGCAAACGCCUGGGCUCCAGCUACCGGGCGCUGCCCAAGACCUACCAGCAGCCCAAAUGUAGCGGGCGCACUGCCAUCUGCAAGGAGGUGCUGAACGACACCUGGGUAUCGUUCCCCUCCUGGUCUGAGGACUCCACCUUCGUCAGCUCCAAGAAGACGCCCUACGAGGAGCAAUUGCACCGCUGCGAAGACGAGAGGUUUGAGCUGGACGUGGUCCUGGAAACCAACCUGGCCACCAUCCGGGUGUUGGAGAGCGUCCAGAAGAAGCUGACGCGCCUGUCUCCCGAGGACCAGGACCGCUUCCGGCUGGACGACUGCCUGGGGGGCACGUCGGAGGUGAUCCAGCGCCGGGCCGUGUACCGGAUCUACGGGGACAAGGCCCCGGAGAUCAUCGAGGGGCUGAAGAGGAGCCCCAUCACCGCCGUGCCUGUGGUCCUGAAAAGGUUGAAAGCCAAGGAGGAGGAGUGGAGAGAGGCUCAGCAAGGCUUCAACAAGAUCUGGAGGGAGCAGUACGAGAAGGCCUACCUCAAGUCCCUGGACCACCAGGGGGUCAACUUCAAGCAGAACGACAUGAAGGCCCUUCGCUCAAAGAGCCUUCUGAACGAGAUCGAGAGUGUUUAUGACGAGCGUCAGGAGCAGAGCACGGAGGAGGGGGGCGUCGGCCAGCAGGGCCGCAACGGCUCGGGCGCCGCCCUGGCCAGCGAGCCGCACAUGGUGUUCACCUACGAGGACAAGCAGAUCCUGGAGGACGCGGCGGCGCUCAUCAUCUACCACGUCAAGCGGCAGCCCGCCAUCCACAAGGACGAGAAGGAGCACAUCAAGCGCAUCAUCCAGCACUUUGUCCCCGACCUGUUCUUCGCCCGCCGCGGCGAGCUCAGCGACACCGAGGACUGGACGGACGAGGAGGCCGACGCGGAGGAGGCGGCGGUGGCGGCCGGCGAGCGAGGCGCCGGGGAUAGAGGAGGCGCGGGCCUCGGGCACCCCGGUGCCGCGGUCGCCCCUGCGGCGGCGGCGGCAGCGGGCGGAGGGGCCCUGGCCCCCGGGAGCCAGACCCUGGCGGCCCAGCCCCAGCAGCUCAACGGGGAGUCCCGGCGGAGACGCUGCAGCCCCUCCCAGCCCACCGACGGCGAGCCCACCCCCAGCCUCACCCCCACCGCCAGUGGCGCGGCACCCACUGCGGGAGGCGUCCCCGACCCCUCCCCCAUGGAGACCUCCGCGGCACCACCGGCGCCGCCGCCGCCGCCGGCGGAGAAGGUGGACCUGCGGGACCCCGAGGCGGAGCACCAGAAGGAGCUGGACGGCGUGUACAACCUGUUCUUCGUCAACAACAACUGGUACUUCUUCCUGCGGCUGCACCAGACGCUGUGCUCGCGGCUGCUGCGCGUGUACCAGCAGGCGGAGCGGCAGCUGCUGGCGCACCGCGCCGAGCAGAGUCGCGAGAGGCUGCUGCUGGCCGAGGGCCGGCGGGACAAGGCCUGCGACCUGGCCAUGGAGCUGCGCCUCAAACAGCCCAGCGAGGUGGAGCUGGAGGAGUACUACCCGGCCUUCCUGGAUAUGGUGCGCAGCUUGCUGGACGGCAACCUGGAGUCCAGCCAGUACGAGGACACGCUGAGGGAGAUGUUUACCAUCCACGCCUACAUCGGCUUCACCAUCGACAAGCUCAUCCACAACAUCAUCCGUCAGCUGCAGCACCUGGUGAGCGACGAGGUGUGUCUGCAGGUGGCAGACCUGUACCUGGCAGAGAGGAAGAGGGGGGCUGCGGGGGGGAACCUGUCCUCCCAGUGUGUCCGGUCGGCCUGGGAGACCAGCUUCCAGUGGAAGGCCGAGAGAGUCAUGGCCGAGGAGAACUGUUUUAAGGUGAUGUUCGUCCAGGACAAGGGCCAUGUCUCCAUGAGUGUGGAGCUCCUGGACACUGAGGAGGCCCAGGCGGACGACCCGCUAGACGUACAGUGCCUCUCCAGCUACAUGGAGCAGUUCGUGGGAGCCGAGUCCAGCCUGUGUUCUCAGGCCGACGGCUACUUCUUCAAGCCUGUCUUCCUGCCGAGGAAUCUGCGGCACUUCCGGCGCUGGCAGGUGCGGCAGGUGGAGGCCAUGCGCUGCCGGAGGGAGUGGCACCGGCAGCUGGGCGUGGAGAACGCCGGCAGCCUGGACUGCCGCUUCAAGCUCAACACCCACAAGAUGGUGUUCGUCAUGAACUCGGAGGACUACAUGUACCGCCGGGGGGCCCUCGUCAAGGCCAGGAUGUCGCAGCACAAGGUGGCGGUCACCCAGCACGAGCGCUUCGACAAGUGGCACCAGGGCUGGUUGGCCAAUCACGUGAGCCCGUCGGCGGAGCGCUCGGUCCAGCGCUGGCUGAUGGGGGAGGACGAGGAGGACAUGAUCCCCUGCAAGACCCUGCUGGUGGCCACGGAGCUGAAGGGCCAGGCGGUCAACAGGUACCAGGUGCACUACAGCGGGAGCAAACCCCCAGCCUCGCCCUGAGGAACCCCCAGGGGGAGAGACGGGACGUACAGUACAUGACAACAUCAGCACACGGACACACACACACACACACUCACCCACCCACCCACGCACGCACACACACACAUGGGAAGGACUGCAUGGAGCGCACAUUCUUACACUACGAACAGACCUAAACACUCGCAGGCGGCGUUCUCGAGCCUACCUCCGCAAGGCGUUCACUCAUUCACCUCCCCCGCACUCCCACUCUCCCCCCUCCUCCCCCCCUGAGGAAGAGGAGAGAAUUACAAUGUAAUUCCUCCCGAGACGCACGACGGACUCACCGACCGCAGAUGGCGUCCUCC